AUGGGUAGUCCGGAUCAUUCUUCAGAGUUCAUCCUGGACCGUGCACGGAGCACCGGCGUUGCAUUUCACCCCUUCCUACAAAUUGAAAAACAGAAGUCAAGCCGGCUGUCAAUGGAGACAACAACACAAGACCUGAGCAACUUCACCCGCCCCGUCGGAUUCUACAUCAGAGGUUUCUACGCACUAAAACAUGGAGAAUACUACUUCAUGUUUCUGGCGGUUAUUUACGUCCUGACACUUGUGUCAAAUGCAAUCUUGAUGUUGGUCAUAUGGUUCACAGAAAACCUCCACACCCCAAAGUACAUGGCCGUGUUCAGCCUGGCAGUGGUGGACGUUAGUUUCAGCUCCGCUCUAAUUCCUCAAGCUGUCCACAUGUAUGUCUUUGGUUCAAAAUUUGUGUAUUACGACCCUUGCUUGGCACAAAUGUUCUUCGUCGAUUACUUCGCAUCAAUGGAAUCGUUUGCUCUCUGCGUUUUGGCCUACGACAGGCUCAUCGCCAUUUGUUUCCCAUUACGAAGCAAUGUUUUAAAUACCAACUGUAAAAUGAUGCUGGUUAUUAUUGUGUCGUGGUCGAUACCGCUUGUCAUAGACGUGGUGAUGGUUGCCUUGAUUCCCCCACUGGCGUACUGUAAAUCGACGAUUGUCAACAGCUUCUUCUGUGAUCACGGCCCUGUCUUUAAGAUCGCUUGCGGUGAUUAUUCUAAGAACUGGUUUAUGGCCAGUUUUACCACGGUAGCCUUGUACUUUGUUCCUUUUGGCUUCAUUGCUGUGACAUACCUGUUUAUUAUUUACGCCAUUUUGAGAAUUAAAUCGUCGGAGGGUAGAUGGAAAGCGUUUAAAACGUGUUCUUCGCAUUUAAUUUUGGUUGCUAUAUUUUUCGUACCUUUUUUCGUCACUUACAUCGUGGCUUGGGCUAAUGUGAACAUUGAUACGGAUACCAGAGUUCUCAACACGUCUUUGUCCGGUUCUAUCCCACCACUUUUAAACCCAAUUAUCUACUCUCUGAAAACCGAGGAGAUAUUGGAGCAAAUUAAAAAGUACCUGAGAAAUCUGAAAAAAACCUCUCCUAUCAGUUGAUGUAUUAGGCGAGAUCUUUAUUUAAGAAUCGUAGUCCUAUUGGAUGUAGGCAAACAGUCAUUGUAUGGUAAUUUGCUGUUUUAUAUUUGAAGGAACAGUGCAGUAGUUUUCAAACUCACUCCCUGCAUAUGCUGGUUUUCGUUUCAACCACAAUUGCAUUCCCAGAAUUUUAAUGAAUUGUUAUUGGUUCUUAAGAAGACAGUUUUCAUGUUUUAAAAGAUUUUUUUUAAUCCUCUGAAGCUAUGUAAUAAAUUGUGAUCUAUACCAUAAAUAAUAAAAGCCCCAUAUUCUCAUUGUGUUACGUUGUAAACAACUGCGUAAAAAGAGGUGGAAAUUUUAACUGAUCAAAUUAAAAACUGAGGCAAAUCAAUAGGAUCUUUGACACUGACGCCAACAAUUUGGCAGAUAAUGAAGAAGUAAAACAUUUAUGAAACGACUGAAACACAUGUGUUCAACAGCGGCAAUUAAUCAAAAGAUUGGCAAUAGCAGAAACCAGCAUACCCAAGGGUCUCCAGGACCGAGAUUGAGAACGACUGAAAUAGUGCAAUAGUAUUGUUAGAACGGGUUCGUCAGGUGACACAUUAUUUAAUGGACUUUUUGUUAUAAAUAUGAGCCUCAAAUAUUUUUCAUUUUAUCUCCAUUUAGACGCAAAAAAAAGCUAAUUAAUAUGUGUGUGGUUACAGUAAAUUAUUGGAUGGCCGGACAGUAAGAAUUAUAACGGUCCAGAAAAUAAGUAAAUCCCAAAUUUUUUUUCUUUUUUGUUUACCAAGAAGGAAUCCAGGACACGUUUUAAAUACGACUACAGAUGAACCAGUAAAGCCUUCGGCCCUAGAUAGGCCCAGCAGUUAUAAUUAACAUAACGGGAGAAAAAACACGCGAAUUGCGGACUGUGAUGUUAUUUUAUGACCUAUAUAAGUCUCAGUCUUUCAUUCAAACUUAAAUUAGCUCAAAUGCUCCUCGUUGUGAUUGGGAACGCUGGAGGACCGCUGCAAAUAUGACUUCGUCGAUUAUUUUUCAAAACGUGUUUCAUGAGAUAUAUUGACCAGCAUGUUCUUGAUGUUUCGUUCAUGCAAAUGUACUGAUGUCUUGAAAUGCAGAGGACAGUGAGAUAAAAAUUUAAAAAAUGUAAUGAUAAAAAUAAAACACAAAAUACACAAAAUGAACUGCAUAUUUUUACAAAUCUGUCAUACUCAUGAGCAGUAACAUAACUUAUGUGCUAUGCCUACUAAAUUUGAGAUAUUGUGCUUCAAACGAUUUAAUAAAGUAAUC